AUGUUCGGUGCCUCGCGUUUAAAUAGUGUUACCCGGCAAGUUUCUCCCUUCCGAGCUCCUCUGCUUAAUAAACUCGGCCUGCCGUCAUAUGUCCAAUCUAAACUACCUACCGAAUACGUUCGUUCCACCACGCUGCGUUCGCCUUGCGCCAAAUCUCCAACAUUUCUGACGUUCACCAAUAACCGCGCCUCAGCCAUCCACCGAACCAUCUCGUCCGUGUCCAAAGCUCCACGCAAUGAAUUUUCUGCUAAAAUCAGAAGCUCGACACAAGUUGGGCGCCUAAAGGAUCUGUGGCAUAAGUACGGUGUAGUGGCUAUUGGCACGUACAUGACCUUGUACGGUGCUGUGCUGGGCUCUAUUUACCUAGCAAUCGACCAGGGCUGGUUGCGUACCCACAAAAGUAACGAUUGUGAUGAAGAAAGGCAGUCAGAUGAUAGCUUUAAUCUUGUUACCACGACGAACAAGUUCGUCAAACUUGCCGAGGAGAUGGGUAUAGCGCAGUACUUGGAGGUGGAGCGCGUGAAUUCGAAGACAGGCACAUUUUUACUGGCGUGGGUUGCCACCAAAUUUACUGAGCCUGUGCGUUUAGGGCUGACGAUCGCGAUGACCCCACGCAUCGCGCGAUUCUUAGGCCGUGAUAAAUAUGAACGAGCGACCUUUGGUGAAACUUGUUCAAUUUUGACUUAUCCAUUCGCUACUGAUGCGGCUCUGAAGGAUUAA